AUGAAAAUGCGUCACCAGAGAGACGGAGAGCGGCGCUUUCACUGUGUCUGAAAGAAAUCCGAGCUGGCGAUGCCUGGAUUUGAUUUUCCAGAUAUUUUGAUUGCUUAAUCUGUGAAUGGCGCCUAAACAGGACCCUAAACCUAAAUUUCAAGAAGGUGAACGAGUACUGUGUUUUCAUGGGCCAUUGCUAUACGAAGCUAAGUGUGUUAAAAUCAAUAUCAAGGACAAACAAGUGAAAUACUUCAUUCAUUACAGUGGCUGGAAUAAAAACUGGGACGAAUGGGUUCCUGAAAGCCGUGUGCUUAAAUAUGUGGACAGCAACCUGCAGAAACAGAAAGAGCUCCAGAAGGCAAAUCAAGACCAUUAUGUUGAGGGAAGGAUGAGGGGGGUGGCACCGAGCAAGAAGAUCGCUGCUGUGCAGCAGAAAAACGUUGAUGUGAAAACAAAAAAGAACAAACAAAAGACACCAGGGGCUGGUGAAGGGACCAGCAGUGGGGAAAUGCCCCACCCACCACGCAAGAAGAGGGCCCGCGUGGACCCAACAGUGGAGAGUGAGGAGACCUUCAUAAACCGUGUGGAAGUGAAGGUGAAGAUCCCUGAGGAGCUGAAGCCAUGGCUGGUUGAUGACUGGGAUCUCAUCACGCGCCAGAAGCAGCUGUUCCACCUUCCUGCGAAGAAGAAUGUCGAUGCUGUCUUGGAAGACUAUGCAAAUUACAAGAAAUCAAGAGGAAACUCUGAUAACAGAGAAUAUGCUGUGAAUGAGGUUGUCGCCGGCAUCCGCGAGUAUUUCAACGUCAUGCUGGGCACCCAGCUCCUUUAUAAGUUUGAGCGGCCACAGUACGCUGACAUUCUGACCAACCACCCGGACACACCCAUGUCCCAGAUCUAUGGAGCCCCUCACCUGCUCCGACUCUUUGUGAGGAUUGGUGCCAUGUUGGCCUACACACCUCUAGAUGAGAAGAGUUUGGCGCUGCUGCUAAGCUACCUGCAGGACUUCCUCAAGUAUCUGGUGAAGAACUCCGCGUCACUCUUCAGCGCCAGCGACUACGAGGUCGCGCCGCCAGAGUAUCACCGGAAGGCCGUGUGAGGACCUCUGAGGAGACCAUGCAGGCAGAAGCCUGGCAUCUCAUAUCAUCUCUGUUUUUGCCCUUUUUAAAAGGAAAGACAAGGACCCAACAUGUCUUUUUUUUUUUUUUUCAAAAGAAGAUGCCAGAAUCCUUUUGAUGAAGAUAAUGCAACUACAGUUCCACCACUGGUAGCUGUAGGUAGUUUGAGAUUUUCAGAAUCAGGAAUCAGACUUGGCGGAGAUCACCUUUUUCUUUUGUGGGUUUGAGCUGUCAUCACCCCCCGCCCCCCCUUCUCAAAACAAUGUUGGAAUUGCAGAACAAAAACAUUUGAUGAGGCCACAUUAAAACAAUUGUGUUUUACUCCAACAUGCCACAAAACAAUGUCUGUCUUUGAUUUAGUGUUCUUUUAUAAUAAUAAAAUCUUGUUUUCUUUUC